AUGAUACACCGUACAGAUACAGAGCCAGGGAAGCAAUACCUGUAUACAUCUCCAAUUCUUAAUUUCGGAUUCAACAACUUCAAAGGAACUAUUCCUUCAUGGUUAGGUGCCUUAUCCGAACUUCAAACCUUCAGUUUGUAUGGUAAUCAGCUUUCAGGUUCAAUCCCCACCAACAUCUUCAACUUCUCUGCAGUACAACUAAUUGAUCUUACAUACAACCAACUAUCAGGUAGCGUACCAAGAGAAAUCGGGAACUUAACAAUGCUGAAGAUGAUCAGCCUUGACUCUAGUAAUCCCAGAGAAAUUCCAAAGGAGAUUGGCACUUUAGAUCAGCUGGAAGAGAUGAGUGUACAAUCCAAUGUCCUAGAAGGGCAUCUUCCUGGGACUAUCUUCAACAUGUCUUCUUUGAUUACAUUGGCUCUAACAGGAAACAGCUUGAAUGGUACUAUACCAGAUGAGAUUGGUGAUCUUCCAAAAUUGGAGUUUUUGGCACUCCAUUUAAACAAUCUCAAUGGCCUCAUCCCAUCCAGAGUCUUCAAUAUGCCCACAAUACAAACACUUGCACUUUCUCUUAAUCACCUCUCGGGUAGUCUCCCUGCAAACAUCGGGCUCGGGGUUCCAAACUUGCAAGAAUUUUUUGUAGAAGAGAAUGAACUCAGCGGACUAAUCCCCAACUUCAUAUCUAAUGCUUCCAAGAUCACAAUGCUAAACUUGGGCCUUAACUCAUUUUCAGGGCUUACACCUAGCACAGUUUGUGCCUUAGAAAACCUUCAACGGCUUAACUUACAGAGAAACUAUUUGACUAUUGAUACUUCUAGUCCAUAA